AUGAGUAACAGAGAGGAAGACAAUAAAAAAGAAGAAAACAGUUUUUUGCGAGACUUGGGAAUGGGAGACACAGACCCUUAUAUAUCUUCAGCAAGCGCGUAUGGUAUGACUGACGCAUAUAUGGACCCCUAUUCAAUGAAUCAGAUGGUGCCACAAUACCCUCAAACUUCACUUCCUCAACAAUUUGUGCAACCAACAACUCAAUCUGCUAUACCAGCGCAACAAGUGAGUGUACAACCUUCAGUCAUACAACAACCAGAAGUACAACAACCAAAUGAAACACCACAAAACAAUACUAUUCAGGACAUUCCAAGUGCACCAAACGCCCCAAUCGUUCCAACACCAAUGGAGGUCCACCAACCAACAGUACCACAACAAGUUACUCCAUCAGAGCAAGUAACACAGCAACAGCCAAUUGUGCCAAUGGAAGAAAUUUUACCAGUGCCACAAGAACAAUCCCAACCAACACAAAUCACUGAACAAACUCCACAAAAACAAGUGGAAGUCCAAACCAUGAUGGAGGAAGUCCCAAUAAACAAGGACACCAUUGUGGAGCAAGAAGACGCGAACGAAAAGAUGUCAGAGGACGAUGACGAGUAUAACGAGGAAGACGCAAAGAAAUUUUAUUGUGAAGAAAAGCCGCUCCACAAACUUCCACAUCCCCUUCAAAUCUUAGAGCAGCGACGCCCAGGAAAAGAUGUGCGCAAAGAAUUGAAAAAUCCAAAUGGGAUGAUCGAAUUGUUUUCCAACGUUGUCUUUGUUGCGAAUUUACCGGAGAACACAACCGAACAGAGUAUAACUACAUUACUGGGCACCAAGUACCCACUGAAGCGAAUUAAACUGUUUGCAGACAAGCACCACUGUUUCAUAACAUUUUACACCCGAACAACCGCAAUGGAAGCAUUCAGAUUUUUUGCAACGACCGAGACAGCAAAGGGGGUGUACUACAAAGUCUCGUGGGGAAGGGAGUACUGUAUGAAGGGGCAAUUGUUUGACGAAAAGUACGGGAGGUGCACACUCAAUGCAGACAACAUUCCAGACGACAUUAUAGUCUGUUUUGAUCACUCGUAUGUGAUGGCCGAAGAUCUUCAACUUGUUUACGGUAAAAUCUGUCCACAGGCAUAUUUGCUCAAACUUGCGGAUGAGGAAAGACAUAGAGAGAAAGUUGUUGACAACAAAAAGGACUUCAGAGAAGGGUAUGACCCACGAAACCAACAAAGAGACUCGAGAGAUCAAAAAAGAAGAGACUAUAGAGGAUAA